UAAGGGGAAAGUCCCGGCUGACGCGCCGGCUGCGCACCCGGCUGGCCAUGCGAGGGCCAUGCAUGCAACGGAGUCCCUCCGCGGCCAACGGCGCCGUCCAACAGCAGAUUGCGGGCAGCCAAUGCGGAGCGCGCAGCGAGGUGGCACCAAAGUGCCGGCGACCAAUGGGAGGCUCUCUCCAAGUGCCAAGGUACCAGCCUCCUGCUCGCCUCUGCGCCCAGCUGCGCUCCACUUAAGCAGCGCCACCGGACCGUCAAGGCAUCCUUUUCGGCGGAGUUGCGCAGAGUGGACGGACCCUGAUCGCCCCGUGGUGCGCCGCUGGACAUCGUCGCCGUGCAAACAAAGGGCCAGAGAGAGAGAGAGAGAGAGAGAGACCGGGCACCUCCUGGGGGGUUACUCGCGUUCAGGGCUCGGGCAACUUAAAUAGCUGCGCACCAGCGCGCACAGCAGCCAAAGGAGGGACUUGGAGGCAGCUGCGCACCAGCGGAGCCGGGGAAGAGCAUCGCCGAGAGAGCAUCGCGCCGGAGGAAGAGCAGCACAAAGCCCUCUUCCGAUGCCUGCCCAACUAGCCCACGGGGAGAUUCCCUCAGAUUUCUCCACCACCACUGCCUUCGCUCGCGUGGCCCAGAAUGGGGCAGCUAGCAUGGAGAAGGUCCACUCCGCCCAGGAUGACAUCGGACCUCACAGAGAGAUGACGGAUGACGUUUUUGACGAGACCUAUCGUGAGAAAGAAGGCCCCAAGCCGCAGAAGAGAUACGUCUGGAGGAACAUAAUUCUCAUGUCUCUCCUCCAUUUAAGUGCACUGUAUGCAGCUAUCUGGCUCACCCCUACAGCGAAGUUUGCCACCUUGGUGUGGGUAUUUGUUCUCUUCGUCUUGAGUGGGCUGGGAAUCACAGCCGGAGCACAUCGCCUUUGGAGCCACCGUUCCUACAAAGCCAGUCUGCCUCUCCGAAUAUUCUUGGCGAUCAUCAACUCCAUGGCUUUCCAGAACGACAUUUAUGAGUGGGCCAGAGAUCACCGUGUCCACCACAAAUACUCUGAAACGGAUGCUGAUCCCCACAACGCAAAGCGAGGCUUUUUCUUUUCUCAUAUCGGCUGGCUGCUGGUACGCAAGCACCCUGACGUCAAAGAGAAGGGAAAGAAACUGGAUCUCUCCGACCUGAAGGCUGACAAAGUUGUGAUGUUCCAAAGGAGGCAUUAUAAAACCUCUGUGGUGAUCAUGUGCUUCAUUUUCCCUACUGUCGUGCCUUGGUACUUCUGGGGGGAGACGUAUCACACCAGCUUCUUCAUGGCUGCCAUCCUCCGCUAUGCCUUAAUCCUCAACGCCACCUGGCUGGUGAACAGUGCGGCACACAUGUAUGGCAACCGGCCGUAUGAUAAGAACAUCAACCCCAGAGAGAACCACUUUGUCGUACUUGGAGCCCUAGGCGAAGGUUUCCACAACUACCACCAUACUUUUCCCUAUGAUUACUCGACCAGUGAAUUUGGCUUGAACUGGAACAUCACAACAGCUUUCAUUGAUCUUAUGUGUUACCUGGGCUUGGCCACGGACUGCAAGCGAGUGUCAAAGGAGACCAUCAUGGCCCGGAAAAUUCGGACUGGUGAUGGUAGCCACAAGACUGGCUGAAGGUCUGCUCUCCUCCGUCUCCUUUCCUCCCUUCCUUCUCUUUCAAAUAACCUGGGCAUAUGUUUAAUGUUCUGCUUACUAAAUACAAAGCAAUGCUUUCAGGAUUCUCAAGGCGAUGACUCUAACCCAUUCCAGUACUAUGUUUUGAAAUGAUAUAUUCAAGACCUGUAACUUUUACAGGGGACACCUCUCUCUCUCUCUCUCUCUCUCUCUCUCUCUCUCUCUCUCUCCUUUUGUUUCGCUUGCUUUCAUUAGAAGCUGGUAGAACACCCAACAAACUUCCCUGCAACUGAUUGGAGGGACUGAGCCAACGGAGUUUCACCAGUGUAGGGACUCCGUUUGCAAUUAUGUGUGUUUGGGUCAGCUGUCCCUCUCCCUGGUUCUUGAGGCUGGUUCUUUGAUGAGUGGAGGGAGAUUUGUCCUAUCUCUUGUUCUUGUAGAGAAACCUGAGUCUAACCCCUUGGGCCAGGGGUUCUGAAAUCUGGAGAAAGCAGAAGGAGUGGGUUUGCUAUUGCAGAGGUUAGAGGGCAGGGAUGGAAAGCGAAAGGAGAAUGUGUUUUGUAAGGGUUGCAAAGAAGCCUGCUGGUUAGUCCCAGAAUUAGGGGUUGGUUUUCUUAACUGGAGCCGAGUGAUUCUUCUACCUCUGCCCAUGUUCUAGUGUCAUGAAAACUGCUCUUUUCCUGCACCCGGGCGCUAGUUUAGAAACCAAGCGGCCUGUGCAGGAUUAUGAGAUGCUUAUGUAGGAAAGCUACACAAAGGAGCUGGUUGCUGGAUAGUUCUGGAACAGAUUUGGCUGCGAACGGGUUCCGAGUGGGGAAAUGGGCAUGUUUUGAGGGUGGAAACGAGUGCACCAAAGCAACACUUCCUGACAGGAAAGAGGAGGUACUGGAGGGGUUUGAACCAAAGGUGUGUCACAGACCCAAGCUGUUUUGUUUUUGUGUGUGCUGGAAGAGUAUAUUUCAAUUUGGACGCAGGACGGUGUGUUUGUUGGUGUAGGUAAAAACAGAUCGUUUUCAUUCUGCAAAAUAUGGCAGCUGAUGUCCACACACUGAUCCCUGGAAGGAUCAACUAAGGGCUGAAAUCAAAGAAAGAAGUAUAGUCCCUGUUCAGGGAGCUUUAUACUGUUCUUGAGACACCAGGGCAGCAUUAGGUGUCAAAAUUUUGCACGCCCUAACAAUUUUGCAACCGCCCCGUGGCCCACCCACCCCUGCUAUGCCACUGCUUUCUACACAGGUUCUUUGCAGGAGAGCUUGUGAAAGAAGAGAGCGAGAGAGUCCACUUUUGCAAUCCAUAGGAAAGCUGCUUUCAAAGGAGGGAGGUGUUUGCACAUCCAUUAUACACAGAUUUCUAACAGGGUGACAAAGACUACAGCAUUCACACACUUGAUUUGAUUAUCUGCUACUGGUGAGAGGAGGGGGCAUUUGCAGUGAUGAGUGUCACAUGGCCAAGAAGAGCACAUCUUCUGUAACCAUUCUGCAUAAGGAGAGGAUAUUUUGGCAGACGCUGUUGGUUUAAUUUUUGAAUCUAUGUAGGGUUGGCAUAUGUCUGGAAUUCCAAGGACAGAAUUAGUGUUUGGGGGGAAUUUUGUGAGAAUGACAAAAUGUCCAGGUUUUGGAAACUUGCCCCCCAGCAGCUCAACAACUUUCCCCAAAAAGCAACCCUAAUUUAUGUGUUGCAUUAGUUUUCCUCUUUAGUGCACCUCUUUCUGCCAUGCGAAGAAGUUUCACUGCAGUGAAAUUUCCCUUCCUAUCAUCUAGCCACCUUAAUGGGGAUGUAUUGUGUUUCGAGUAACGUGAAACGUUAGCUCAGAUGCAACCUAUUGAUAAUUCAUAUAAAAUAUCAGCAGAAAGGGUAAGAGAGAAGCUGAUUCUGACUCCACGGAGAGUUGUAGUGCAGGUUGUUUCCAGUUCUCCUCUCCAGGAAGGGAACAACGACCCACUGCUAGCUAGCUACGCUAGCUCUGCUUACUCAGAAUGGAUGUGUAUAGGAUCUUGACUAAUCCCCUGCCAUGCCAGAGUUUGCAGCAGCUGUCCUCUGAAUUGUUUUGCACUGCCCAGCUGUCAGCUGAUUUACAUUUGAAUUACUCAUCAGUUAGCACUCAGGCUCAGCAAAAAGAUAAAUCCAGCUCAACAGAAAAGCACAUUGCAGACAGGACAGCUAAAGCAGGCCCUGAUCUAGGGAGAGGACGUUCUUUUCUCUGCUGUAUUGCAAAAUCCGGUUCCUGAGAUUAAAGGCUGCAAUCGUACACCUGCUGACUUGGGCGUAAGCGUGGCUGGACUCU